UCCACGAUUGCUGGUUCUUUGUUUAUCCUCGCGCCUGCUGGUGGGCCUCCUGUGUCAGCGUCUUGUGGUGGACGCCUCAGCGGGCUGCUACAGUUGUCGGUUAGGCUUCUACGCAGUUCUCAUUGCCGUGUUCUGGUUCCCUUCCUCUUCUUCGUUAUCUUUCAUGACUCCUAAUAUUUCUUGUUUUGGCAGCGCGACGGUCGUGGUAGUCUUGCUUGUGGUUUUCUUUCGCAGAGGUGACGUCUCUCGGGUUUCGCUGGUUGUGGUGGUGAUUGGUGGCGGUGGUUGCAGGGUGCAUUUGGGGAUCUGGGUGCUGGUCGGCCGUGUGACUUGUUGCGGGUGUGUUUCUUUGGGUCUUCUGCUCGGCGGCGAUGGCAGGUUCUGGCCGGCAGUUCUUGUGCAUGGAUUUUCCGUUGGUUGGGUUUCGUUUUAUCACUGUGUUUCUCUUCGCUGCAGGUUGUUGUUACGGCGGGCUUCUUCGUUCUGCUGUGGUUCCGGUGGUCCUCUGCAGAGGUGGUUGCUGCUCCUGUGGGGUUCUUGUGCGGAGUUUUGGCAGGUUCACCUGAAGAUGCCCAGGCAGUGUUUGAAGACGACGACGUUGCGCAGGAAGUAUCGUGGAUUCAGGUUCACCUGAAGAUGCCCAGGCAGUGUUUGAAGACAACGACGUUGCGCAGAGGGAUGAUUUUUUGGGAGUCAUAUUAUGUUUUCUUUUUGAGUCAUAAACUGUACUCGAAUGGUUUCUUACUGUUUCAGAUAUAUAUGCGUGUCUUCUCAGAUGAAUAUUCUGUUCGUUCUAUGAUAGUUUGGGGAUUUUUCAAGUUCA